AGUGUCAAUCUGUCUGGUUUCCAUAACUUAGCCGCCACAAGACCAGAGACCCUAAAAACCACCAUCAGCUCAGCGAUCGACGGUGCGACGCCAUGUGGUCUGCUUUGCGAAGCCGAGCUCUGUACUCUUUCAAUCACCAGUGGAUUAGCCUUGGAUCCUCGUCUUCUGUUUCUUCAACAUUCUCUCGCCCUUGCGCUUUUUCUGCCCUGGGCAGCAGCGACGGGAAUACUAAGGAGCUGUUGAGUUUGUCGGAAGUUCAGAAGAUACUCAACGAUGUUGGUGCAGAUGACGUGAAGGUAAUUCCAGCGCCAAGCCGCUGUGAAUUUACUGAUUAUAUGGUUAUUGCCACUGGCCGAUCUCCGUGGCACGUGCGGAACAUCUCUCAAGCGCUAAUUUACCAGGUUAAGCAAAAGCAGAGAGGAGCAAAGAGGAUGUUGCUGCCUACAGUUGUAGGGCAAGAGGGAGGGAAAUGGAUUGUCAUUGACUCCGGUACGCUGAUUGUUCAUGCUGUUGACGAGAAGGCAAGAGCUUAUUACAACUUUGAAGGGCUGUGGACUACAAACACUACAAAUGUGGAACGCACUGAGGAUUUGGAAGAAAUAUUUGUCAAGGUUCGCCGUAAAAAUAAUUCCAAGAAAAGACCAUCAACUGAUGCAUAGUGAAGGAACACACAUAUAGCAGAGGUGAAUGAACCUCCUUUUGAGACCAACGACUAAUGAUUAAUCUGUAGCAGAUCAAAGACCCUAUUCUUGUAAUGUUCAAGUGGAGCUUGCGAUGUAUGGUUCUACAUUAGUAUCCCGAAUCAGGUUAGUUUAUUUCAUAUUUGUUUGUUCGGCUCUUGAUUUGAUCGAUAGGCACAAUAAACACUCACUAUUUACUUUUAGCCUGUGCUGUGUAUUUUGGGCUGUAAAGAAAGCUAAUAACCCUCAACAAUAUAGAAGACAAAAGGACACCAAGAAGAAAAAUGGCAGUGAGCUCUAACUUUUCAUA